AUGGUUGCAGGUACAGUGAGCCAUGAAAUCCUUUCUACAAUUUCGCCGGCCAGACUCUGGAAGGCAAUUGUGAAGGACUCCCACAACCUCAUGCCCAAGCUCAUGCCUGAAAUCAUAUCAAGCAUCGUUAUCCUUGAAGGUGAUGGUGGGGUCGGCACCAUCAGACAGUCCAACUUCACUGAUGUCAUCAAAGACUUCAGCUACUGGAAGGAUCGCAUAGAUGCUAUCGACGAGGAUAAGCACGUGUUCAAGUACUCAGUGAUUGAGGGUGGCCUUCUUGGUAAGAAAGUGAAGUCGACUACGUUUACUCUAGAGUUCAAAGGCGGCGUUGAGUGUGGGAGCGUAUGCAAGUUCCAUGGGGAGUUUGAGACAAUUGAAGGAAGUGUGCCAAAAGAUGAUGAAACAAAGGAGAUGAUGGGAAACAUGGUGGGAAUGUUCAAGGCUGUAGAAGGCUAUCUCCUCGCAAAUCCAAAUGCAUAUGCUUAGCUUUGGUUUUUAUGUUAGGGAGAUUGCUGUAAGCUUUUCAUCUUGGGUUUUUCAUGA